CAUCCUUGGAUGUUUAUUUUCGCUCCUUGUCGCACAAGAAAUCUUUGACUGCUUAAGGAUACUUUUGGAUCACACAAGUCUGCAAGUACAGGAAUCCUCGUAUACGCGCCCGAACCAGAACGCGUCGAGCUUACAUCUGACAUCGGCAUGACCAACUGCUGAGGCUGAAGAAAUAUACUCGACCUGAUACAUCUCAUGACAAUGUUUGCCAGGCUCAAAGAUGAACUGGGUAUUGAGACCCUGCUCUCGGCCCCAAGAGAUGUCCACCUCAUCCUUCUCACAAGAUCUCUCCGCAUGUUCGCCUACGGCUCCAGUACCCUGAUCCUCGCCCUCCAUCUUUCCGCCCUCAAAAACUCGGAUACCCUGAUUGGAAUCUUCAUGUCCCUGACACUCGUGGGAGAUGUUUUCAUCUCCUUACUGCUCACUUUCGUCGCCGACUCUCUGGGUCGACGAAAGAUUCUCCUCGUUGGCUCUGUUACUAUGGCACUCAGUGGUGUUGUUUUCGCGACGCAGAGCAGUUUUGCGGUUUUGUUGAUUGCUGCGGUUAUUGGCGUCAUUUCACCGAGUGGGAACGAGAUUGGCCCUUUUCGUGCUGUGGAGGAGAGUACGCUUGCUCAUCUCAUACCUGCCGCGCAACGUAGUGAUAUAUUCGCCUGGUAUGUCGUGGUUGGAACUUUUGGUACCAGCGUUGGUGCUCUCCUCGGUGGCUGGCUGGUCUCUGGAUUGGAUUCUCAAGGCAAUGAUACGUUGGGCAGCUAUCAGGUUGUCUUCUGGUUGUACGCCUUGAUAGGCUGCGUAAAGUCUGGGAUUACAUUCUUGCUCAGCAGCGCUUGCGAGCUAGAGAAGGUAGAGCAAAAGCAGAGCUCCGAGACCGGAAAUCAAGAGGAGACAGAAACGUUCAUCCAACAACCCCAAUCGUCAUCAUCAGCAACAGCAUCCAAACCAUCAAGCAAAUUCGCAUUCACCAACAUCAGCCCAUCAUCCCGAAAGACCCUCCUCAAGCUCGCAGGACUCUUCAGCAUCGACAGUCUAGCCUCAGGAAUGGCCUCCGUAUCCUUAACCACAUACUUCCUAGCAGAAAAAUUCGGCUCUCCGCCUUCAUCUCUAGGCACCAUCACAGCCGUAGCUUCCCUGAUGUCCAGUAUCGGCAAUAUCGCUGCCUCCAGCGUGUCCAAACGCAUCGGCUUCAUCUACACAAUGGUCUUUACACAUUUGCCCUCUGCUAUCUUUCUCGCUAUGAUGCCUGCACCGCAUUCUCUGGGCUUGACUGUAUUCUUCAUCGUCGCAAGAGCGACUUUGGCAUCGAUGGAUCAGGCGCCUAGAUCUGCGUUUUUGUCUGCUGUCGUGCAGCCUUCGGAGAGGACUGCAGUGAUGGGUACGCUGAAUACUGUAAAGACUGCAGCGCAGAGUGCUGGACCCCUGCUCACUGGUGUACUGGCACAAAACAAACAUUUCGGUGUCGCGUUCGUCAUUGCUGGUGUCAUGAAAGCUGGGUAUGAUUUGGGAUUACUGCAUUGGUUUGCUGAGAGCAAGAUGAGAGGAGGAUCUGCUGAUGAAGCGAGAGAUAGAGCAAGGCAGCAAGAGGAUGAGGAAGGGCAAGAACUGAGAUGAAAAGUACACUGGAAGAGCGUAUCGUAAGUACAAAUUUAUGCUUGACUCAUUCUGUCCUACCUGCAAAGGUAACAGCGUUUCUCUAAUACUUGCUCGCUUGAAUGUCUGCUCGAUAUGACUUCACGCUGCAGAGUCGAAUCGUAGUCGCUCACAAGACUAAUUGGGUUGUUGCACAUGUGUGCCUGCCUUCUCCGAGAAUGCCAAGACCUGGUGAUCCUUGUUCUUAUCAAGCCACAAUCUGUUUUUACCAUCAACCGCUUUCUUCCCUGAACAAGCGUGUUCCCCC